AAGAGAACUAGCAUGGAUGAUUCAUUCUAGGCUUGGACCUAUGGCAGGCAUGAUAUUGAGUCGUUCGAGUUGACAACUAUAUCACGGAAUCGCCUCCGAGGUUUGAAGCAAUGAUUCUAAUAAACAAAACUAUGUAUUCCACGCAAAAAAACUACGAUUUUUUACGUUUAUGCCUUUGCGAAACGGAAGGCAAGAUCAAAACGUGUCGGGACCGAUGUUUUUUUUUCUUGUUUUGUUAAUAUUUUGCGUUUCUGUGCAUGGUACAGCUUUACAUGUUACAUGUUACAGCUCUACUACUCUCAGAAUGACAAUAUUUUAUUUCGAUCUUAACUGCUGACUACCUUUUCGCGAACAAAACGCGUUUCUCCUCGGAAAUGAGGAAAGGUGCGUUUUGCCACAGUGCUGCAUAAUCCCCCAGCAACCCCUAGCUGGUAUAGAAUACAUCUUCCCGCUCGAUACUUCAGUAGGUCGUACAUUUGUAUGACCGCUUAGGGCCAAGACAUCAAACGUACGACUAACAUCGAUGAGGAACGUUUAUGCGUUUAUUUUUUCCAGUGUCCUCUUCGAUUGACUGUAUGGCUGCCCUUUUACAAACCAUGGAUGAUCGGAUUGGGUCGUUGGAGCGGGAGGUUAAAAUGGGUAACCUUAAGCUAUCCAGAAUGGAGGAAAAAUUGGACGAGCAGACACGGCUAUUGUCGAUGUUGGUCGAGCAAACAGUAGCUGCUCGACAACCCGAUGCGGAACGGCAUUCGGCGAAUGAAGAUGAGGUACAGGAGCAGGUGCCGCAGCCGAGCAGCGAAGAGCACAACGCGAAAAAUGAAACGGAAGAGGAUCAGGAUGACGAGCAGGAACGUCAUGAGGAGCAUGAGGCAGCGCCAGAAAUCCCGGUUCUGCCAAUAAGAACCGUGAAUGACUUUUUUGUAUUGAACUCUAGCUGUGCCAGAAACGAAGAGUUUGUACAGCAAAUGGCGGAAGAAUUACAACAGGAGGUAGUCGCAUCGCAAACGAGAGCCCGGAACGUCAGCCAAGAAGCGAUAGAUGUAUUUUUGCUGACUUACAGGAGUACACCUAAUAAGCUGUUAGAAAACCAGAAAACUCCAGCGGAUGUUAUGUUCAACAGAAGGAUACGCACAACUUUAGAGCUGCUACGAUCACCACCGCGACCAUAGCCAAGCACGUAUACUUCUGAGCAUAAUCCCAGAAAGUUCAACGCUGGUGAU